AUGGCUUCUCUCGUCACAAAUGGAGUCUUUUCAACCUUUUCUCCACAACCCAUCUCAGAAACCCCUAAAAUCUCAAAAGGAUCAUCUUCAAAAACCGAAAUUUCUUGUAAAACACCGAAGUCAAAGUCCCACAAUUCCAGGUUCUUGAAGCUCAGAGCUGAUGCAAAAACAAUCCAAUCAGAGACAGUCGCUGAAGGUAAUUCUUCAAAUUCAUCUUCAGUCGAUGACGACCCACUUCAGAAAUUUCUUAAAAGAGAUUACAAAUGGGGAUUCAGUCAAGAAAUUGAUUCGUUCACGAUCCCUAAAGGGCUUUCCGAAGAAACAAUCAGGCUAAUUUCAUCAAGGAAAAACGAACCUGAUUGGAUGCUUGAGUUUAGAUUGAAUUCUUAUCAUAAAUUCCUUCAAAUGACCGAGCCAAAAUGGUCCGAUAACGAUUACCCCAAAAUCGAUUUCCAAAACCUCUGUUACUAUUCAGAACCCAAAAAGAAACCAACUUUGAAUAGCCUCGAUGAAGCCGACCCAGAACUCCUCAAGUACUUCGACAAAUUGGGUAUCCCUCUAAGCGAAAAGAACCGUCUAGCAAACGUCGCUGUGGAUGCUGUUCUCGACAGCGUUUCAAUCGCCACAACUCAUAGAAAAACAUUAGAGAAAUCCGGGGUAAUCUUUUGUUCAAUCUCCGAAGCCAUUAAAGACCACCCUGAUAAAGUCAAAAAAUAUCUAGGAAAAGUCGUUUCCUCAGAUGAUAACUUCUACGCUGCUUUGAAUUCAGCUGUAUUUAGUGACGGAUCCUUCGUCUACAUCCCUAAAGACACCAAAUGCCCGAUGCAAAUCUCAACUUAUUUCCGUAUAAACGCCAUGGAAACCGGUCAAUUUGAACGAACUCUUAUCAUAGCAGAUGAUCGAAGCUUUGUUGAGUAUCUAGAAGGUUGCACUGCUCCUUCUUAUGACACGAAUCAGCUCCAUGCAGCUGUUGUUGAACUCCAUUGUAACGAAGAAGCUGAAAUCAAAUACUCCACAGUUCAAAACUGGUACGCGGGUGAUGAAAACGGGCGGGGCGGGAUCUUUAACUUUGUGACAAAACGUGGCCUUUGUGCGGGUCGAAAAUCCAAGAUCUCUUGGACCCAAGUGGAGACCGGGUCUGCAAUUACAUGGAAAUACCCGAGUGUUGUUUUGGAAGGUACAAAGAUGAUUCAUAAGGGGAAGAAUACAAAAAGUCGGAUUAUUUCAAAGGGGAUUUCAGCUGGAAAUUCAAGGAAUUGUUAUAGGGGACUUGUUCAGGUUCAAUCAAGAGCUGAUAAUGCAAGGAAUUCUUCUCAAUGUGAUUCCAUGCUUAUUGGUGAUAAAGCUGCUGCUAACACUUACCCUUACAUUCAGGCGAAAAAUCCAUCUGCACGAAUAGAACAUGAAGCAAGCACUUCGAAAAUUGGAGAAGACCAACUCUUUUAUUUUCAGCAAAGAGGGAUUGACUAUGAACGUGCAAUGGCUGCAAUGAUUUCUGGGUUUUGUAGGGAUGUUUUCAAUGAGCUUCCUGAUGAAUUUGGUGCUGAAGUCAAUCAGUUGAUGAGCAUAAAGCUUGAAAACUCAGUUGGUUAAACACACACUCACACACAAUCAUGGAAAAAGCUUUCAAUAUCUCAUCUUCUUCUGUUGGAUAAGUAAGGGUGUUUGUUUCACUUGUCAUGAUGUGUAAAUGAAUCGGGUUGUGUAUACAUGUAAUGUCAUCCAUAUAAGCAUACAUUCCACAUUCACAGAUUGUUUUUCAUAUAUGGCUAGUGGUAGUAGCUACUGAAAGUAGG